GAUCCAAUCCGGUUUGAGCGAGUUCUAGUAGUGGUUAGACGUUCACGUAGAGCCUCUCAGUGUUCCUGAGGUGUGGGCUGAGGUGUGCAGCUGUUUCGUGUACUUUCCUUAACUGUGAGAGUUUGCUUCAUCCUUUAACUUUUGCCCAACAAACCCAACAACAAUGGGAAAGAAGAAGUCCGUCACUGAUGCAGAUGCGAUCUCAGAGCCUGUAAGAAAGUCACCAAGGUUCAACAGUAAACCAGCGCAAAAGGAGAAAAGAGCAAAAAAGGAAGAAAAAAAGCCUGAGCCAGUUGUGAGCCAAGAGCCAGAAGAAGAAGAAGUCAACACAGAGGAGAAGGAAGAACAACCUCAGGCAGAGGAAGCAGAGGCCGUUACAGAAAAUGGAGAAAACGGAGAAAAUGGGGAGGCCAACGCCGAGGAGGAGCCGGCUGCAGAAAACGAGGCCGAAGAAAAGGAUGGCGAGGCUGAAGAGGAGGAGGAGAAUUCAGCAGAGUAGCUGUGAUGCCUUAAACUGACUUACUAGAGCCCAGUGUACCUCUUUUGUCAUUUGAUGCAGAGAUUAUUUUUUAUCAGAUAUUUUCAUAUGGUCAUGUUUUUAGGGAUUCAAAAAAAAUGCAAUUAAAAAGACAACUUUCAUUCGACUUCAUGGGUUCUGUGAAGGGAAAGAGCAACUGUGGUGCUUUUAUAUUUUACUUGUGUAUUAUCUCUCUUGCUUCUUAUUUUGCCUUUCUCUCUAAAUCCUUAUUUCUGUUAUAUCAUGACUUUCAUUUUUAUCUCAGGAAGACUUUUCCUGGGAUGUUCCACACAGGGUUUGGGAUAUUUUAACCUGGACUCUUAAAGACGGUGUGUUUUAAAAGUGAACUGGAUAAUCAAAACCUUAGCAGUGAUCUGUGCGUACUAAUUUUUCUGCAGUGUUUGGUUGAAUGAUGUUCACUCUAGCUUGUGUGCAUUUAAUGGCUUUAUGCAGUCAGUGAUUUUCCAUUUCUCAGCUGGGAUCCACUCAGAAUGUUUGGAAUUUAUCUUAUUGUCAUCAUUGUUACGGUGAACCUUAACCUCAAGUCAACAGAAUUUGCAACAAAUUUUGGUUGUAUUCAAUGUUUUGUAAACUUUUUCUAAAAAUGUAACAUUUCUUCCUUUAAAAAAAUAAAAAAAAUGUUUUCAUUGUUAUAAAUUGUGUUACAUGCCAAUUAAAGUGGAUAUUCUCUUAAAUGUA